AUGGCGAAGACCAAGAAGCAGUGUCUUGCAAUGCAGCGCACCGACCUCCAUGCUGAACCUCCCCAGCAUCCACCUGCACCUCCACCUUCUGUGCGACACACGCGCAAAAGAGCUGAGGAGAAGGUGAACGCUACUGAGUCCAAGAAGGCCAAGAGUUCAGAGAUGGAGGUGACUGAGGUGACUGAUCCGCCCUUUGAGCUUUGCUGGGAAAACCUUGCCAAAGUCAAGAAGUUUUACCAGAUCACAUACCAAGAGGCUUGUGAGCUUUUGAGUGAAGUGGUGGGUCCUGACCCCAAGGGUGCUGCUAUGAGGGAUGCUCUUGCGAAAGUCAAGAAGGAACGUCCCGAAACCUCCGCUUCCACCAAGUCUGAGCCACCGCCCAAGAAUGCCAAUUCUAUGCCUGGGCCCAAGAACGCCAAGUCUAUGCCUGAGCUAGAUCCCCAGAAUGCCAAGUCCAAGUCUAUGCGACCUACCAUGGAAAAUGAGAAACCUGAUGGUGGUCCCUUGGUACCUGAGGAGGGAGAGGAUUCUUGUGAGGGGGAAGAGGAGGAAGACUUUGAGGGUGAUCCUAUCGAUGAAGCUGAUGAGAUUGCUGUGUCAGCUACAAGCAAGGGGAAUGAUGACGAUCAGGACUCGCCAGCUGCGGGUGCAACCGUUGAGCAUGAGGGUGAAGUGAUGGGGAGGCCUGAGGCUGUUGCCGUUGAUGAGGAGCCUACACGAUCCCCUGUUGUUGUCAACCCGGAAGUGGAAGCUGCUAAAGGCGCGGUUCCCUCUAGCUGGAAGACAACUGUGCCGACCCCUGCCAGAAAGUCUAGCAGAAAGAUUGUCCAGGCUACGCGUGUGGAUUCAUCGGAUACCGAUGCAUCGAACCCCAAUCUGCGCUCGCUGUUGUCUUGCUCAACUUUGCAGCUUGGGCAACAGCAUCUCAGCCGACAGGCCUCCUGUCUCGAUCUGGGCCAUGCUGCACGUGGAUCGAAGGAGGCAUCCGACCUUGCAUCGGAGAAUCUCAAGCAGUUGUGUGGUCAAGGUGGUGAUGAAGAAAUGUGCAACAUGCUCAACAUGAUUGCACCAAACCUUCUUCGUGCGAUUGCUGAUGAUGAUGAAGAACAAGGUCAUGAUGAGCAACAAGAAGUUGUUCGUGCAAAGCGGGGACUUCCUACGUCCUACAAGCCCAGAAAGUCUGCCCGAGUUGGACCCCAUGUCCCAGAAGACAAGCCUGUGCCAUCCAACGAACCUUCCGAGACCACUGACAAGACUGACAAGACUCCUGAGACCAAGACUCCUGCGACCAUCGACAAGAGCCCAAUGGACAAGAAACCUGAGUUGGACAAGACCUCUGAUGCCAUGAUCAACAGUUCUUCGCAUCGUGCUUCACAUGCCCGGCUGACCCGAAAGAUGCAGGGGCUGGAUCCGGAAAAGCAAGAUCUGCUACGUCAAUGGGUGUCCUGCAAGGAGAACAUUGAAAACGUGGAAACCACGCUUCGCAUCACCCGUUCGCAGACAGGUGAGCUUGAGCACAACCGUGAGUUGCUGACCAUUGCAGAGAUGCGCAGUCGUGGAUUUAGCCAAGCACCCCCCAUCCUGAUCCUGAUUGCCCUGAUGACGAAGAAUCAGUUCGCUUCUGGUGCUCAUUGGGUCACAGCCACGGCUGAGAGCACCAUAGAGACUACCCCCGAUGCAUUGGGCCACUUGCUUGGUGGAUCAGCUGAUCUAGGGCCAGGUUCUGCUUUCUCAGGUGGACCGGUUGGGAACCGCCCUGCUUUGAAGAGUUUGCUUGACCUUGCAAAUGCUCCAGAUGCUGAGACGGCCCCAGUUGCGAAAGCAAAAGCGAAAACCAAGGCGAAGGCCAAGGCGAGAGUUCAACAGCAAACCCCAAAGACGCCGGCAGAGCAGCGACAAGCUAUUCGCAACCAGCUCAAGGGUGAAUUCACCAAGUGCUCUGUGGGCUUGGAAUUGCCAUCGGGACAUGCUCUUCGAAGUUCUUUGGAUGAAGCCAAGGAGUUCGUUGAGGCUCUGAUGGAUGAGUUGAAAGACGUGAGCGAUGAUGAUCUCUCGAGCUUUGAAGCGACAUGCACCGAGGAGGUACGCAAGAUCCGAAUGCUGAGGGCCCAAGCUCGUGCUGUGGCCACGGAGCUUCGCAAAGAGGCAGAGUCCUGAACGACACCUGGGCAGCAGCGCUGCAUUUUCCAAUUCUGACUGCCAGUCUGGAUGGCUCUGGGGAGCCACGGUAGGGGUGCAGGGUUUGUGCAUAGAGGGCUGCCACAAAU